AUGCUUGGCGCAGAGGGUCGACCGCACCGGCGCGCAUUCCCGGAAGAAGAAGAGGAGCAGGAAGAGCUAAACGCCGUCAAAAAUACGGAAGAAUCUCCCCUGCUCCCAACACAACAUGCCCUGACAUUGCCGCCGCCUGACGACGACGACGAGGAGAGCAAGCCUGGCGGCGGCGCAUCGCCCACUGCCCUCACCGUUACCCUCGCCGCCAGCGCCAUCAUCUUGAUACUCGACGUGGUCGCCAGCGUGCCCACGACGCCCCGGCUAGUCAUAUUCGAGAACAUCAUCUGCCGCAACUAUUACCACGCCUGGGGCCGCGACGAUGCGAUGGGUGAUUGCAAGGUCGCCGCCGUGCAGGGUGAGCUGGCCAUCGUCAACGGCUGGAAGGAAACGUUUGACACUAUCCCUGGCAUCGUGGUUUCUAUACCGUACGGUGUUUUGGCCAACUACAUCGGCCGCGCCAAUGUGCUCACGCUGGCUCUCUUUGGCAAUUUGCUGGGCGAGUGCUGGAUCGCCGCAGUUUGCUGGCUUCCACAGACUCUACCGUUGCGCACCUUGUGGUUCUCCGGCGCCUUUCAAAUCAUCGGAGGAGGGGGCGCAACCAUGAUUGCCAUGUGUUAUACCAUGAUUGCCGACAUGUGUACGCCGCAGCAAAGAAUCGCCGCCUUCUCCUACGUCCAUGCGGCCACCUUGCUCUCAGAAAUGGUCUCCAUUCCUUUGGGCUCUGCCCUUUUGUCUAUCAACCCUUGGAUACCAGUAUUUGGCAGCAUUGGCAUUAUGGUAGCAACUUUGGUUGUUCUCGUUCUGCUUGGUCGCCGCUUCUUUCCGCCGCCGCCAGCAAAAUACCAGCCAAUACCGGAACGCAACACUAUCGACGAUGAGAGCGGUCGCCCCAGCCCUAUCAACAAUUCCGUCGCUGGCAUUCCUCAUGACCAGCGGAAGCAGGGGUCGUCGACUUAUACCUCUCGCGUUGGCGUUUGGUUAACAAGGGAUGUAGUCUUGAUGCUCAUUGCGUUCUUCUGCUGCCAGCUGAGUCGUCAAUUUUCCAACGUGCUUCUCCAAUUCAGCUCCUUCAAGUUCAGCUGGGACUACGCACAGGCUUCGUACCUCCUUCCCCUCCGCGCCGGCAUUAAUCUCGUCGUGCUAUUCUUGGUUGUUCCUAGAGUCCUCCAUUAUUUGACCUGUCAAAAGGGCCUCGUUCAAUGGCAGGCAGACAAACACGUCACUGUCGCUAGCAGUGUCUGCCUGGUUGUCGGAUCGACCUUCAUCUUCCUUUCGCCUCACCCUUUUGGCGUCGUGCUGGGGCAAAGCCUUAUUGCUCUAGGCUUCACUUUCACAGUUACAGCGCGCAGCUUGCUCACAGCCAUGGUAGAACCGCGAUAUGUGAGCCUGCUGUACACCAGUGUCACCUCUGUUACGUAUGUUGGACUCGUCACUGGGGGGCCGGUUUUUGCGGCGGCUUUUCAAUGGGGGCUCAAACUGGGCGGUAUCUGGAUCGGAAUGCCGUUUAUGAUCACCACUGUUUUGUUCACUGUUACAACUUUGAUAGAUUCAGAACACCGACUUACAUUAGUUCAAGUGGGGGUGUGGCACGAGGACUUCGAAGAUUGCUCACCUGCGACUCGUAAGGCUACGCUCUCCUCACCUUUACAACAGCUACAGGCAGAUCGCGUCGUAACGCCCACAGCGGAAACAAUGCGGGCAGAUAUGACAUCAGUACCAGCGUAUUUAUCUGCGUUUUCACCUUAUUCUGUCAACGAGAUGUUUGUCAACACGAAUGAGCUUGAAUACUUUGCUGAGGACAAGGUAAUUCAAGGGUAUGUCGAAGACAAGUUUCCCCAGCGCGAGUAUUACAAGUACGGCUAUUCUAUUUUUUGGCAUGAAAUAUUUGGCGACCGUAAUGAUCACUACUACCAACGCAUUCGAGACGCAGGGAAGAUUGCGUUUUGUCAGUUUACCGAUGCUAUGUGGGAAGCCUUUAGGGAUCUUGCUUCAUAUUAUGAGUCCUUUCCCUUCCACUAUGGGAAACCGUCAAUGCAGAUUUAUCUUGACGCCGCUGCGAAAUACAUACGGGUGCUUAAACAAACGCAUUACGCAAGUGAGAGUGGAGUUAUCUGGGGAGAGCGCGGUGUUGGGUCUUGGGAAUAUAUAUUAACAGGUCCGUUCGAGGCUGCGGGAAUUGUCAAGUCGUUCAAGAUCGAGAAGAAGAAAACAAACCCGGAUAAGGAACUUUUGCACCUGUUCAGGCUGGUAAAAUGGAGGAUGGACGCUGGCUGGUGGAACAAUGGCAAUUAUCAAGAUGUGUAUGAGAAAUGCGUCAUGUCUUUGUUUUCUGAAGCAGAGGGAAGCUUCACGCACCUCCCGCCUCCAACGGAGCAUCCUUCCCCCGCGGUCGAUGCGCCGCCAUCCGUCAUGGGCGAGCCCAACUCCAAAGAGCUGCCCAGCGCUGCCGAGACUGACGAACUAGCACACUUGCGCGCCGGGCUGCGCUCGCCGCACCCGUAUCAUCGUCGCCGCCAUGAGAUCCUCUACGACUGCGACCGCCUGCCGCCGCCGCCCUCGCCCAUUCGCCCGGGCAUCCUCUCCGAGGAGUCGACGCCGGUCAGCGAUAGCGGCACCGAGGCCGACGACGAGCACUUCCUGCGCGGCCUGCCCGCGCCCAGGGCCAGGCUUCAUAAGGGGCUGCGCGGCCGCAACGAGGUACCCUCGGGCACGGCGACCCCCGCCUCCCCGUCCGUCAUAGAGGAGGAGGAGGAGCCGCUGCUUGGCAAGGACACCGUAUCCAAGUCAAGCUCCUCGGGAAGCAUACUGCUCAGUCCGCUCCGGCGCUACCGCAAUGUCGUGCGCCGGCUUACGGAAGGGGGCAUCCUCGCCCUCCUGGGCGCCUUCGUCACCACCAACUCGCACGUGGCGCCAAUAUACCGAAAAUGGAACCAGGAUUUUAAGCUGUUUCUCGGCCUUGCCACCACUCUCACGGCCGUCUACCCACUUCGAGUCUUGAUAUGGUCGUAUCGCAAACGAAGCCCCUCGCGAUGGGUACCGAUCACAAUACCGGCCAAUUUCGACCCUGCGCCGUUGUUAUAUCCGCCAGCCAUAACAAUACUUGUAUCCCUUCUCAUUUCUGUUGACAAUCUGGCCGUGCUUCUGCCAAACAUCAUCCUCAGCCUCAGCGCCCUCCCGCAGCAGCUCUUCCCGAAACUCGAGUAUACUGCUUAUUACGACACGAUUCAAUGGGCGGUGACAUGCCUCCCUCUAUUAUGGGGGAAGGACUCUGGCAACCAUCUUCGCCAGGGCUCUGCCAACCUUCCUCUAUCCAGAGAGGUUAUCGUUCUGCUUCUGCUGAUGGCCGAGCUCCAGCUGCUGUCAAUUGCACUCAUCAACGUUCUCAUUCUCGGCAAGUCGCCGCAGAUGCAGAUACUCAAGGCCUUGCUCUGGGGCGGCGGCCUCGGCGUCCUCGUCGUCUGCGGCGCCGUGAUCCGAUGGGGCAUCUCGCUUGCCCGGGUGCCCAAGUGGCGCUUCCGCAGGCUUCCCAGCGCCCGAAAGUCACCCAUCUGGAAGUCUUUGCUGCGAUUACUCUCGCUGCGUCAACUGCGUGCCGAGCUUCGCGGCUUGCAGCCCGACGACCCGGCCUACUCCACAGCGUGCUCUUCCGAGGACGAGGACGACACCGUGCUGGUGUUUCGUACACCUGCCCGAGUGCGAACGAUGGGGGCCAUAUCGAGUCCGGCCCGGGCGGAACCUAAUGCAACCAGGGCUGCUGCGGAUUAUGACGAGGAUAGUAUUGAGGGAAUCUCGCGACGACACACACUGCCGAUACCAGACCAACAAGCACGUCGCAACAGUGGGCAUACGCCAUCUGGUCGGCGAAAACGAGCUACGUCGCUCUCUGUGCGACCAUUUCUUAAACUCACUUACGAGCAAGCCACGGCUCGAAAGUGGGCGUAUGCAGCCUACGUGUAUGCCUGCAUUGUCCUGCUGAUCUUGGUUGGCAUCCGCACCUACGUCGCACGUUACGCGCUGUCCAGCCAGGAGCCCAUCGGUUGGGCCUUGAGCUACCUAUUCGGCGACCUCCCAUGGUUCCGUUUGCAGGUCGUGACGGCGAACCUGGAACGAUGGAUCUGCCUUCCCCCCAACCAUACCAACAUGCCGGACGCGGCGGUGGCUGGCUUAGGCUGGGUCGAGAAGCUGCGCCUGCAGCGCUUUGGCGCCGCUACAACGCGCCUCCUCCUCAGUGGCUACUGGCUCGCUAUCUUGUUUGUCGGUCUGCUCGUCGUGUUCCAGCUAAAGAACACCUACGAGGUCGAUACCCGCCGCAAGGUCUUUCACUUCAUGAUGGUGGGCAUGUUCCUGCCAGCACUGUACGUGGACCCAGCGUACGCUGCACUGGCUCUCGGGCUCAUCCUCGCCAUAUUUUUGAUCCUGGACCUACUACGUGCCAGCCAACUACCACCGCUAUCCAAGCCCAUCGCCACGUUCCUUGCACCGUACGUUGACGGCCGCGACUUUCGCGGCCCUGUCGUCGUCUCCCACAUCUUUCUACUCAUCGGCUGCGCCAUCCCGCUGUGGCUGGCGCUGGCCGCAGUCGGUCGCGGGGGGCAAGGCUAUGCUGCGGGCUGGGAGGUACCCACGCGCGACGUGAGCAUGGUGGCAGGCGUCGUCUGCGUCGGUCUAGGUGACGCCGCCGCGAGCCUCAUCGGUCGCCGCUACGGUCAUCGCAAGUGGCUCUGGGGUGGUGGCAAGAGCCUUGAAGGAAGCGUCGCCUUCGCCGCAGCUGUCUUUGCAGGCCUGGCCUUUGCGAGCGCCUGGCUGCGCGUCGGCGGCUGGCCCACGCCCGACGAGCCAUUAGGGUUGCUGGCGACAGCGAGGAACGCGGGCGUGUGCGCUUCGUUGGCGAGCGUCACUGAGGCUGUCCUAACGGGAGGAAACGAUAACGUGAUUGUACCGGUUGUUCUAUGGACGUGCGUCAAGAGCCUGGGGGUAUAG